GAAAACAUGACGAUGAUGACGCCGUCGAUGUCAAGUCUUCCAAGGGAAUUGGUAGAGGAGAUUGUCUCUAGGGUUCCUUCGAACUCUACGAGGGCAGUGAGGUUAACUUGCAAAAAGUGGAACGAAUUUUUUAAAAGCCGGAGCUUUAUGAAGAUGCGCAUUGCCAAAGAAGAAGAAGGAGCAAGGGAAAUAGGGGAGACUAGAAAGAUCGUGAUGAUAGAUUACAAUGUUUAUUUAAUGUCCAUCAUCAUUAAUGAAGAUCCAUCCACAAAGUUGUUAGGUAAACUUAGAUGCCUUCCAGAACAAGUCAAAAUAUCUCAAAUCUUUCAUUGUGAGGGUUUAUUGUUAUGCAUCUUGAAAGAUGAUGAUACUAAGAUUGUGGUUUGGAAUCCGAGUUUGGGGCAAACGAGGUGGAUCCAAACCAGAAAGUAUUGCGGUGCAAGUCGAUAUAGAGGACAAGAAUAUUACAAGUACGCUUUCGGAUUCAGCGAAAACAGAUUUUGUCGUCGUAGCCCCAAAAUCUUGAGGUUUAUAGAUGAUUUCAGAAUUUACAACGAAAACCCUUCUUCAUGGUUUGAAAUAUAUGAUUUUGAUUCGGAUUCAUGGACUACUCUUGAUAUCUCCCCACACUGGCCUAUAAUGUCUAACCAUGUCCUCUCUAUCAAAGGAAACACUUAUUGGGGUGUUGCUGGAAGAAAAACAUACGCACCCAUUGGUCAUAUAAUCUGUUUUGAUUUUACAAGAGAGAGAUUUGGACCGCUUCUUCCUUUGCCGAUUAAGCCUUGGAGUGCACAAUGUGUGUCACUAUCUUCCGUUAAAGAAGAGAAGAUCACGGCUUUAUUUCAACGAAGCGAAACAUACAAUAAGCUUGAGAUAUGGAUUACGACUAAGAUUGAGGCCAACGAUGUGUCGUGGAUCAAUCUAUUCACGAUUGAUACAUCAUCCAUUGAGAUGUUUUCAUUUAAGAGUUUCUUCAUUGACGAGAAGAAGAAAGUUGCUGUGGUUUUUGGUAGAGAAAGAGAAACAAGAUUCGACCUUACUCACGGCCUUACUCACGGUCUUACUCAUUACAUUAUCAAUGUCAUUAGCGAGGCUGGAUGCUGUAAGACAUUGGUUCUUGGAGAACCUGAAGACAUACAGUGUUGGCCACUUGUGUGCUCUUAUGUUCCAAGUACGGUGCAAAUCAAGCAACAUGAAGGAGGCAAAAGGAAAGAACAAAGCUAUUAG